AAUUCCAUGGUGUCGUCAGUUCCGUAAAGCGUUGCUCCUGGCUUCAUUAAAAAAAAGGGAAGAAGAUAGAGGAUUAUUUACGAAGAGUCAGGAGACAGGCACAGUGAAAACAAGGCUUUUACUAGCUAUAUUAGUGAAAUAUUCCUAAACAAGAGCGCUGCAUUGUUUGUGUUUUCCUCGGACUGACAAAAGACACACCAGUCUGCUGUAAGCCGCAUGAACUGGGAUGCACUGCUGUUAGCCUGUUAUUAGCUUGCUGGCUAGCUUCACGAACUGCACUGUUUUUACCACGGGACCAAGCGUAGUGCAUUAUGACAGACAGCAUUAUGAGUAAAGCUGCCACAAUGGAGAUUCCUAUCAACAGUAAUGGAGACACAGGGACACUUCCAGAAGAUGACAGCCUUGAACAGGCUGCACAUCUGCAGUGGAGCUUAGAUGAGCAGGUAGGGAGCUCCAGAGGCACCAGGGACCUACAGCAGGUGAUGGUAUCGGGCCCCAAUCUCAAUGAGACCAGCAUUGUUUCUGGAGGUUAUGGAGGAACAGCAGAGGGAAUCAUCUCCACCAGCUCAAUCAAAGGCCCUGCUGUGCGCUACAAUGCAGAGUUUAACAAAAGGAUCUCAGUUGAAGGAAUAGGUUCCAACAUGCACCACAGCAGCAGCAGCAGCUCGUCCAUGACUGCAGAGGAAGCGUCCCGCGGUGUGGCUGUGGAGAAAAUAGAAACGGUGAAGAAGUGGGGUCUCAACACUUACAAGUGUACAAAGCAAAUGAUCUCGGAGCGUUUUGGUCGAGGUUCCCGGACUGUGGACCUGGAGCUGGAGGCCCAGAUUGAAGUGCUGAGAGACACUAAAAAGAAAUAUGAGAAUGUGCUGCGAUUGGCCAGAGCGCUGACCAAUCACUUCUACAACAUGGUGCAGACGCAGCAUGCGCUUGGGGACACCUUUGCUGACCUCAGUCAGAAAUCUCCAGAGCUGCGGGAUGAGUUCGGCUACAACGCAGAGACUCAGAAGUUGCUGUGUAAGAACGGGGAGACUCUGCUUGGUGCCGUUAACUUCUUUGUGUCCAGCAUCAACACACUGGUCAACAAGACCAUGGAGGACUCCCUGAUGACGAUCAAGAUGUAUGAAGGUGCCAGACUGGAGUUUGAUGCCUACCGGUCAGACCUGGAGGAACUGAGUCUGGGUCCAAAAGACGCUGUAGCCAUGGCCCGCAUAGAUGCUGCUCAGCAACAGUACCAGGUCCAGAAGGACAAGUAUGAACGCCUCCGCUCGGACGUCAUCAUUAAACUCAAGUUCCUGGAGGAGAAUAAGGUGAAGGUGAUGCAUAAGCAGCUCCUCCUCUUCCAUAAUGCCAUAUCUGCAUACUUUGCUGGCAACCAGCAGCAGCUGGAGCAGACGCUGAAGCAGUUCAACAUAAAGCUGAGGCCUCCAGGGGCCGACAAGCCCUCCUGGUUAGAGGAGCAGUGAGAGGUUCUGCGGGACCUCCUGCUGCCUCCUCCUCCACCACCUCCACCUGUUACCUGUUGAAACCCCCCAACUUACAGAGGACCACUACAGAGGGAAACACAUACAAAUACUUGGAUGGAUGAAGAUAUGAGAUGAGUGUAUGGCAGGACGAUUGGACUGAUGCGUUGCAGGGUAUUAUUGAUGGGAUAAAUGCACCAGGAAUCCAAGUGGCCAGUCUCAUAAACAGUCAGGGGGCUUUUAGUGCCUCUUCCCAGCUUCCUUAUUUCCACUCUAACCGUCUCUUUGUGCCCAAAAGAACUGUUCAUCUCUUCCUUCCCUCUCCCCUAUUCAACACUAUAUUGCUGUGUGAGCUUGUGUUAGUCAUGUUCACGGCCAUUAUUUUACUUCUCAACUGCUACCAGUGCUUGGACUUAAACGUCAACCCAACAACAUUAUGGCUACUGAGACAGAUGACAGAAGGAAAAACAUGAUAAACCAUUAAAACACACUUGGAUGUAACCAAACACUUCAUCAAAACUCUUCCAGACCUUAUCACUCUCCUUGUGUGCCUCCUUAUAUAUGAGCGUGUGUGCUUAAUCAACAUGUGGCCUACAGGAAGAAAGAUAAGUUCAGAAAAAUAUUCAAUCUACACAUGCAGAGGAUUUGAAUGGUAAACUGGAAAGGAAUGUGCAGAUAUUUCAAAUCAAUGUACAUUUCAAAUAACGUAUUAUUUGACUUUUGAAAUAAAUAGUACAUGCUUUUGGUAGCUUACAGUAUACAGAGAAAGGCAGUGUUUAGUUUUGCUUAAUUUAACUGUACUCUUUAUUUUGUACUUAUUUUGGUUUUAGUCUGCUUCUAUGUCAUAUGAAGAGCAGUUUACUGUCCGGGCAAUGUGUGCUGGUGCUUUAGAUUGCAAUACUGUAAGCAGCCCAACCAUCAGAAAUGCUGCAGAUUUCAAUCUUAACCUGCAAGUUCUUUGACUUCAGCUCGUAUAUAUGCAACAAUCAUUUAAGAAAGCCUGCGCAGCUUCCCAAAGUUAUACCGGUUGGGGUCUUUACUAAUUGUAUUUUAUUUACCCAAAGAGAAUUUAGAAAUAUGUUUACGGGACCCUACUGUAUGUUUUCAUUUAUUUUAGGCAACAUUUAGCAACAUUGGUUGGGAAAGUAUCACUAUAGGCAGAGAAGGCUUUGACUGACAGUUGAACUAUGAACGAUGGGUUAAGAUCCAACAAACUCAAAUGGAUUUACUCCAUUAUUUAAUUGUUAAUAAGGACUGUAUUUAAUAAGAAUUAACUACAUCUUUUGUUCUCACGUUAAUACAUUGCAAUGUUUUUUUGUCUUAAGUUUGUUUGUCUUUUUAAAGGACAUCAUUGGCAUCGUUGGUCAUAUCUUUCAGGAGACUGAAAGAUAUGACCAACGAUGCCAAUUAUGUCAUACAUCAGAGUAUAUUUGUCACACUGAAGAUUACUGUAGCUCUCUGAUAUGACUAAUCCUAAUAUUUCAACAUCAUUUUAGUUGUUCGUAAAAAGGGAUAACACUAGCGAUUCAUCAUUUGUCUCUUAACUUAAACAUUGUUGUAGAAUGGAAGUAAACAAUCAUCUGUUGUUGACAAUUAGGAGAAGGUUUCACUACAGAAUAUCAGCAUGAUGGUACUAUAUUAUGUGAUGUACUUUUUAUGCGUCACUGUAUUUAUUAUGCUCAUUGUAUGUGUUGGAAUGAACAUAUUUGUCCACUGACAUUUCUGGUUCAUGCAAAUUACUCAAUUCACGAGUAUGGCGUCUUGCAGAUGAACACUAACGUGAAAACAUUCCUCAGGCUAACCAUAUCUGUAAUUGAUUUACUCCCAAAAAUUAUUCUAAACUAUCUGAUUGAAAGUAGUUUAGUUUGCCUUUGUCAAACCUGUCAAGUCAAAUGAAGAUAAUCUGGUAUAAUAAAUGUUUUACCAUGCUGAAUUGAACUCUUAAUCAGUUGAUUUCUUUUUUUUUCCUCCAGCAUCUUGUCUCUGUAUUUGCAUGGCAAGCAGUAAUCCAAAGUGCAGGUGCAGAUAUGUGUCAAUGCACCGACGCUCUCUGGGCCUUCUGCUGGUCAGCUUACAUGAACUGGGAUAACGCCAUGCUCACGGUUGUUGAUUAUGUUGAAACUGGCUGAAGACUAAUCCAAAAUGUGGAUUUGCACUGUUCAGGACAAUUAUUAAUGGGAGGGAGCGGUGUUAAUUUUUCCAUGAAAAGCAGAUAUCAAACAAUGUUUUUCGAGAGUUCUUUGGCUUCUGAAUUUGUAUGUUGCAGUGUGUAAGUUUGGUGUAUUUAUCUGGCUGAAAUAAUAGCUCAAUGAGACCUUGGCCUCUCUUACGACUGAAAAUUACAGUUCCACUUGGUCCCCUGGACUGUUUGACCAUCACACAGCAAUAUUAACAACAAACCGGCCCCUUUGAAAUUCCUAACCCUAACACCAAAAUGAAUGGCAAUAGGAUUUGUUUGUGUUGUUCUAUAGUUGCACCUCCAGUAAAUUGAAACAAGGGUGAGAACUAUUUGAAGUCACUCUUACUAGCAGUCUUUAGAUGCAGAGAGAACCAAGAUUUAUAAAAUGAGAUAUUUUAUUUGUGUACAAUCAAUAUUUUCUAGGCUGAGCUGGUGUAUUGUACUGUAUGAAUGAUUGCACAUAAUGGUAUUUAAGAUGAUAAAUGAAGUUGUUGUAUGGGUUGAUGUGAUACUCUGCCUUCAUUCCUCUCUCAGACCUGAACAAUCCCACCCUAUACCCAGAGGGAAAAAAAUAAAAGUACACAUUUUCAAAUGGC